AGAAUAUGCAAGAAGGAAUACAAUUAAUGAAAAUGAUAAAUAUGUGCAUACUUCUAAAUUAAUGUUUACUGUAUAAAAUAAUAUCUUGUUGGGAUAAUUACAUAAUUGAUAAGAUAUAUGCAAAUGGCAAAAAAUAGACUGGAGGUAAAGGUGACAGGGAUAAAUUUAGUUAAAUUAUUCUUUGAACUUUUCUGUGUCUAUGAUGAGAUUUUGAACAAAGACCCUGUAAUUCUACUCAUAGGUAUAUAUACAAUGGAAUUGUAUCAAAUGAUUUGUGAAAGAAUGCUCUAGUAGAAUUAUUCAUAAUUGUUCAAAAAAGAAGCUGGCCAAAUAUAUAUUAAGGACAGAUGAAUCAUUACAGUAAAUCCAUACAAUGGAGUAAUAUAGAGACAUGAAAAAAAAUCACAUGUACAUGCAAUUAUGUGAUUAAAUUUCAGAAACAUAAUGUUUAGUCCAAGAAGCCACAUACAAAAAGAACAUGUAGGAUUGCACCUAUACAGUUCAAAGCAGGCCAGACCAAGCUAUGUAGUUUAGGGUUGCAUAAUUAUUUGGUAAAGUAUAAAGAAAAUCAAGGAAACCGUCAUCAUAAAUUAUGGAUAUUGCUUAUCUUAGGAGAUGUGAAGAAAGUUUUAGGGGCUUGGAAAGUAGCAUGGGGAUGGACAUAGACUGUUUUUGGCGUUCCUUGUCUUGCCCUGCAUGAUGGUUACUUGAGUGUUUAUGAUACAUUGCUGUAUUUUCCAUUUUUGUUUUGGUUUAUUUCUAAGUGUGCAUUAUAAUUUUAAUAUAAAAUUUUUAAUUAGGAGAAAUGUCUCAUAGAAAUGAUUAUUACUCAUUUCAUUAUAUACUGAGGGGAAAAAUCAACUAUGUGUAUACAUUCUUAUACAACUCUAAGAGAGCUGAAGUAGGAACUUUCUUAUUUAGUUGCAAGUUGAGGAAAUUUGAGAUGUUGUUACCUGCUAACCUCAGAUCUUUCCAAAGGAUUUCUUCUAGCCUUAAUUAUCCGCCUCACAGGAACAAACCAUUGCCAUUUCCUGUCUGUUUUUUCUUUUGGCUCCUGAAUUCCUGACACAACUAGCUUGUACAUAUUCCCCACAUUCUUGGUUUAGCAGAGUUCUUUUAUUAGUUAUGUUUUUCUGCAAGAGAAAACCCUCCAAAACUGUGUUAGAUAUUUAUACCUCACAUGUCUUUGGAUUUUGUUUUUCUAAUCUGAGUUUGGUGGAUGGCUCUGGUGAUUUGAGAUAGGCAAAAUUCUGCAUCUUGGAGGUAGAGUUUGGCCAAUUUAGUCUGGAUUGCAGGGUCGGGAGGGGGCAGUCUGACUUCACUAGUUUCUCAUUUUCCUGUAAGCAUGUACUAGCCAGGCAAUAGUCUCAUGGUAAAUGGAAAGAGGAAGAAUCCUUUAUAUGGAAGCCAUCUCAAAUCUCUAUGCAAAGUGUAGCAAUAUUCUGUUUAUCAAAACAAGUUAAAUGAUUGAACUCUAAGUUCAGGGGCAAGGUAGUCAGUGUUCUUGUGAUGGGAGGAUACUGAAACAUUAUCUAUCAAAGGGUCUGGUACUCAGGAAUACUUAUAAAAUUGCUAAAUAUUUUAAUUAAAUAAAUAUUUAAAUGUUAGACUUGAGAGAAACUAUACCAAAGGCCUAAGAAUUAGAGAUAUGUUUGAUAACUAAAUAGUAUUCAUGGGAUGAAAACCCUGAGUGGUAAAUAGGACAAAUUUCACCUGGACAAUUUCCUGGAAACCCAUUUUUUAUUUUGGAAAUUCAAGAAAAUAAUGUGUUCCAUUCAUAAGUAGUGUGCAUAUGUGUGUAUUUAUGAGCUUGUGAACAAAGAAGUUAUGCAUUAUUAGCAGCAACCAGAUCUUAAGGAGUAUUGGCCUGCCUGUAGUUCUCAAGACAAUCUUAGAUGCUUUUGAUAAAAGAAGUUUGGAUUCUUUGUAUUUAAAUCUGAAAUUAAAAAAAAAGUCCAUAUUGGUGAUGAUCUUAGUUAUGACCAAACUCCCUUUAACAAUUUAGGCAUUUACCAUAUGAUCUAUGUGUUGGGUUGUAAAACUUCCCUAACAACUGAAGUCGCUAAAGACAAAUGGUGGAGAGGUUACACAAGGAAAAACUGCAAACACUGAAAGAUAAUAUAUCCUUAUUUACAUAUUAGCAAAUGAGAAUUCAGGCUUCCCGUCAAUUUCAGUAUGAAUAAUUCCAGCCUACAACAAGAACAGACAGUGAAUGAAUGAGUUAAUUUGAGUUGUUUUGAAAAUAAGAAUGUUUUCCAUAAAGAGAGGAUUGAACCUCAGGCAUUAGCAUGCCAUGGUGAUUUCUGGCUUGACACUGGUCACAACAAUUAAAAGUAAAAAGAAUGUCACAGCAUAUUCACAAAUCAGGCACAUAUAGAAUUUAAGGCCAGGAUAUUCAAGCAAUCACAAUCAGUGAUAUUAUACCAGCAUUUAAAAAAUUCCUUUUUGUCUGUUCAGAUAUGAUAACUUUUCUACCCAUCAUUUUUUCCAUUCUAGUAGUGGUUACAUUUGUUCUUGGAAAUUUUGCUAAUGGCUUCAUAGCAUUGGUAAAUUCCAUUGAGUGGGUCAAGAGACAAAAGAUCUCCUUUGCUGACCAAAUUCUCACUGCUCUGGCGAUCUCCAGAGUUGGUUUGCUCUGGGUAUUAUUAUUACAUUGGUAUUCAACUGUAUUGAAUCCAGCUUUUUAUAAGACUGCAGAAGUCAGAAUUACUACUUACAGCUUCUGGGCAGUAACCAGCCAUUUCAGCAACUGGCUUGCUACUAGCCUCAGCAUAUUUUAUUUGCUCAAGAUUGUCAAUUUCUCCAACUUUAUUUUUCUUCGCUUAAAGAGGAGAGUUACGAGUGUCAUUCGGGUGAUAAUGUUGGGGCCUUUGCUACUUUUGAUUUGUCAGCUUUUUGUGGUAAACGUGAAUGAGAUUGUAUGGACAGAAGAAUAUAAAGGAAACAUGACUUGGAAGAUCAAAUUGAGGAAUGCGAUGUCCCUGUCAAAUUUGACUAUAAACCUGCUAGCUAACUUAGCACCCUUCACUCUGACCCUGAUAUCUUUUCUGCUAUUAAUCUGUUCUCUGUGUAAACAUCUCAAGAAGAUGCAGCUCCAUGGCAAAAGAUGUCAAGAUCCCAGCACCAAAGUCCACAUAAAAGCUUUGCAAAUCGUGAUCUCCUUCCUCUUGUUAUGUGCCACUUACUUUCUGUCUGUAAUAAUAUCAGUUCAGAGUUUUGAGAACAUGGAAAAGAAAGCUGUCUUUAUGUUCUGCCAAGCUAUUAGAUUCAGCUAUCCUUCAGCCCACCCAUUCAUCCUGAUUUGGGGAAACAAGAAGCUAAAGCAGACUUUUCUUUCAGUUUGGUGGCAAGUGAGGUACUGGGUGAAAGGACAGAAAUCUUCAUCUCCAUAGAAUCACAAGAAGGGCAUUGUAUAUCUUCUAGCAGAAAACAAACUGGUGGUGUAUGAAACAUUUUAUAUUUCUUACUGGUUUUUUGUAAGGUAUGUAUAUGAAUAAUUUCAAAUGUAUACCUAUAAAAGUCUUUUACCUAAAGUUAAUCUAAAAAAGCAUGUGUGUGUGUGUGUGUGUGUGUUUAUGUGUGUAUGAAAACUUAAGAACAUCGACAAUAACAUACUCUUUAUUGCUUUUUCACACAAACUGCCAAAUUAUACAAAAUAUGAUAAAAGUUCCUCAGAAUUAUGAAGGCUUGUGUAUUUCAUACGUGUAUUUUAUAUUUCAUUUGAAGAAUUUAUGUUGUCUAUUCAUAAUUAUUAAGAACUAACAGCUUAUCUCGGGAAAAAUAUUGCUCUUUUCUAUUGUUAUUUGAACCACACAAAUAUACCACAGUGUGGUUAGAAUUCAUUGUUUGAACCUCUAACUUUUUGGAUGGUAAGAUCAUUUAAUUCUAAAUCAAUAAUGAGGAUAUGUCUUCAGGGUUUUAUUUCAUUGUGAGUUCCUAUUUUAUGUUUAAUAUAAAGCAAACACAAUUAUUGUUAGAAAACGAUGCACACAAUAAAGUUUGGGUGACAAACAUAUGUAGAGUAAAUUUCGUCUUUGCCUACCAUAAACACUACUGAGGAGUAGCAGAUUUAACACAAGUAUGUGAAUGGCUUAGGAAAAAAAUCUCUUUUAUAAUAGGGAUGAAAAACCAUGAUCAUGAUCUUGAUUGCUAUUAUCAGUUUCCAUAUGCAGUAAGAAAAGUCAUUUCUUCCAGCUUUUGAACUAAAGAAAAGCUUUUUUUGAAGUUGAGAGCUGAUGUAAAUUAUUUUGGUAUUUUUCUAAUGCACGUCUAAGCCCCUGAAUUGUGAAUUAUAGUCUUAUCUUCCAUUUAUAAAAUUCCUUCUAAACUUUAGAUAAGACAACUCAAAUCUUCCUUUUUCUUAAAAAAAAACCAAA